CACACACAACCCGGACCACCAGCGCCACCAUGGCCGCCGCCUCCAUGUCCCGGCUCUCUCGCCGCGCCUCCGCCUCCGCCUCCGCGGGGCCUUUUCUCCGUAGGAUUCUCUACUCAACCGCCACCGCCUCACCGUCACCGGCCGCUUCUUCGCCUCCACUAUCCCCCGCCGCAGCCGCGGCAGCAGGUGCGGAUCGGGUGCGGUGGGACUACCGCGGGCAGAGGCAGCUAGUACCGCUCGGGCAGUGGCUGCCCAAGGUGGCCGUCGAUGCGUACGUGGCUCCCGAGGCCGUGCUCGCUGGGCAGGUCACCGUCCACGACGGCGCAUCCGUCUGGAGCGGCUCUGUGCUGCGGGGAGACCUCAACAAGAUCACACUCGGAUUCUGCGCCAACGUCCAGGAGCGGUGCGUACUGCACGCCGCCUGGUCCGCACCUACAGGACUGCCAGCUGAGACCCUUGUUGAUCGGUAUGUGACAGUGGGUGCAUACUGUCUGCUGCGGUCAUGCACUAUUGAACCCGAGUGCAUCAUCGGCCAGCAUUCCAUCCUAAUGGAAGGUUCGUUGGUUGAGACUAACUCAAUCCUAGAAGCUGGUUCUGUCCUGGCGCCAGGAAGGAGGAUUCCUACUGGUGAACUCUGGGCUGGCAACCCUGCUAGGUUUGUUCGGAAGCUAACUAAUGAAGAGAUCAUGGAGAUUCCAAAGCUCGCUGUGGCCAUCAAUGAUCUGAUGCAAAGCCAUUUCUCAGAGUUCCUCCCAUACUCUAAUGCUUAUUUGGAGGUAGAGAAGCUGAAGGAAUCGUUCUCAUAUCCUUUGUAAGAUCAUGUUUUCCCCUCUCCCAGCAAAUGAAUGAGGAAAUAAAGCAGCCCAGGUACUAGAUGCUUUGUAUUGAAUCUAAUUUGUAGUCUGGGCUGAUAUGUUACGUUGUGAACUUUUUUUUGUUCAUGGUUGUUGUGAAUUGUGGAGACGCCUGCAGGAAUUGUGCUUCUUUGUACGGCUGUUCCCUAGUGCAAUAUGCACUGUGCUCAACAUCCUACUUUUACCAGUGUUGUAUUCACAUUAUCUAUAUUGCUCGGGAAUAUUUGCUUUCUGCGAGUGCCA